CUAGAGCAUAAGGCAUACCGGUAUAAUCUGUAUAAUUGUUCAGGUUUGAGUACAGUGUGUGUGAUUUAACAGUUUAUGUGAAUGCGAUUCAUAUAAUUUGCCAUAGGCAGACAGCAAUGACGAUGGAACCAGUCAGUUCUAAAUCAUUUAUUGCAACUGUUGUUUUAGGAAUACUAUUAAUAUUGAUUUUCUUAGAUUUACCUCUGUUAUGUGAAAGUCAGAGUCAUAAUGAUCAUAGGCAUGGAUCUGACCACCAUGGCCAUUCACACGAUCAUUACGAAUCGCCAUCAUUUAAAUACUCCAAAGAAGCCAACACAGAUCCACCACAAAAAUAUGAGAGAGGCCAUGCUAGUAGUGGGAAAGAAGUUAAGGACACGUUUACCUUGUGGACCCAAGCAAUUGGAUCUACAGUACUUAUCAGUGCAGCCCCAUUUUUUAUUUUGUUUUUAGUGCCAUUGGACAAUACUAAAGAAAAGGAGCCACUGCUGAAAAUACUUCUUAGUUUUGCAUCUGGCAGUUUAUUGGGUGAUGCAUUUCUUCAUUUGAUUCCACAUGCAUUGGUAGCACAUUCACAGGAGUCUGAGCAUUCCUCCCCUCACACACAUGCCAAAACACACUCCCACUCUCAUGGUGAAAAUGGAGAGGGUGAAUCUCAUGGGCAUGAUAUGGUAGUUGGUUUCUGGGUUCUCUUUGGAAUCAUAGCAUUUUUGAUGGUGGAGAAAUUUGUGAGACUGGUUAAGGGUGGUCAUUCACACAGUGCUCACUCACAUGGUUUGCCAUCACAGCAUGAUGACCAUGACAUAAAGGAAACUGAGUCAGCCAAAAAAGAAAGCUUGUCAAGCAAGAAAAGUGAUGAUGAACAAGAAAGUGAGGUUAAUGAGAGGAAGAAAAAGGAAGUAACACAAGGCACUGAUAACUCAACAGUAAAUCAAGAGGAAGAAAUUAAGGUGUCUGGUUACCUGAAUCUUGCUGCUGACUUCACGCACAACUUCACUGAUGGUCUGGCCAUAGGUGCAUCAUAUCUCGCUGGCAAGAAUAUCGGGAUAAUCACAACAAUCACUAUCUUAUUACAUGAAGUGCCUCAUGAAAUUGGUGAUUUUGCAAUACUGAUACAGUCUGGCUGCAACAGGAGAAAGGCCAUUUUUCUACAACUCAGUACUGCAGUAGGGGCUCUCACUGGGACAGCUGUCUCUCUGCUGGUGGAAGGUGAAGUAGCAACUACAUGGAUUCUACCUUUCACUGCAGGAGGAUUUAUCUACAUUGCCACAGUAUCUGUGAUUCCUGAGCUUUUAGCAGACACCAAAUUCUGGCAGUCUGUUAAAGAAAUUAUAGCUUUGUUGUUUGGUGUGUACAUGAUGGUGCUCAUUGCAGCAUAUGAAUGAACUUACUAUACACUGUACAAAGCAUAUAUGCUUUAAAUUCUAUCCUUACAGUACUUAUAUUAAUGUAAUAAAUAUAUAUUCUUAUGUUUUUGUGAUACAAAUUAUAUGAAUGUACAUAAAUGAAUAGAGAAAAUUGGAACUUCCAGCAUGUUUCAUAAAAUAAGGAACAAAGUUUUUAAUAAUAUGAAACAUUUCAGUGAUGACAGAGCUUACAUCCAUGGAACCAGUUAAUGCAAUGUACCCCUGUAGUACCUCCAAAUAAUAAAUACAAGCGGUUUGGUUUGUAGACAGAAAUUAUAUACAUAAGGUGUUUAGAGUUAUUCUGGAAAUCUGUGUGUAAUGUUUGGAACAAAACUCUUUUGUAUUUGUGAACAUCAUUACUUUAAGGGAUGUAAUAUUGUAGCUAUGUUGGAUUGUAGUACACAUGGGAUAUAUGGGAAGUGCAAAAUAAAUUAGAGGCACAGAAUGUUAUAGUGUGGAAUCAUUUCAGCUGGCUUAGGACAGGGUACAGUAGCUUGUUCUUGUGAACAUGGUUAUCUUUGGGUUCCAUAAAGAACAGAUACUUUUCUUUGAUCAAAUACGCCAUUAUAAGCUUCUUAAAGGACAUGACAGUUAAAAUGAGAUGCAGCCUAUUUUUUAAUGUGUGUAUCCUGCAGCUAAAACUCACUACUUCAAAGGCCAUAUGGCAUUUAUUUCAACAUUCUAUGAUUUGUUUUAACUUAUUUCAUGAAAUGAAAAAUGUUUUGUAAUUUCCAUUUUGUAUCAUUCGUAUGUCUGCAUCCUUCAUUUUGUAUAGUAUGAAAUGGUGACUUUUUGUGUGUGAUUUUCCUAGUGCGAAACAUUUGAGGCUGUAGUAUUGAUUAUGUUACCUGUCAGCAGUUUCCACAUUGUGCUAUCUCCAGCAAAGUAUGUGUAAAUACAGGAAUACAGUGAAGUUCC